AUGCAUUCUGUGAUGGCGGUGAGUCCUUUUGUGUUCAUGAGUCUACUUCUGUCACUGGUCGAAACCAAGUUCUACAGACCGUUCCAGUUUAACCAGUAUAAAGCUGGGCUCACUCAACACCAUGACCAAGGGAAACCCACCAGCAGACACAAGAACCACUGUGCCUAUGUAAUUGAAAAGACAGUGUCCUUCACCGUGCAGGAUGGGGCAGCCCCAUAUGUAAAAGCUGAGUACAACAAGUGUUCCUGGGGUCAGAAAUGUCCAACUCUUCUGUAUCGUCUGAUGUACAAACCACUCUACAAGGUGGCACAUAAAACUGUCACAGAGCUGGAGUGGCGUUGUUGUCCAGGGUACUCUGGUCAUGGCUGUAUGGAGGGACAUCCAGUUUACCAACACCCCAUGAAAAUGAUGCCGCCAUUCAAGGGUCCGUCAAUGAAAGGCCCACAGUUUAAGGGGCCGCAGUUUAAGGGCCCACAGUACAAAGGCCCCAUGUUCAAGGGUCCCAUGUUCAAGGGCCCACCUAUUAACACAGUUAUGAAGGCCAACCCAUGGAGUCAAUCUAAAGGACCUCCCACCAGCGGCUCUAACCCAAUGCACCACUUUGGGCCUCCAAGGUCCUCCUCCUACCCAGACACCUCUUUUGAGCCCUAUCCGUCUGAACCAGAGCCAAUGCCAGAGCACCAGGAACCACAUCACACAGAACACGACCAAGAACAUGAGCAUGAACAUAAUCAUAGCCAAGGACCUGAGGAACACAUACCAGAGGAAAUCCCUCCGCCUGUCUCUGGUGGGGAACAGCCUGAGGGCCAGACUCUAGACAGUGAGACAGAAGAACGAAUAUAUAGAAUGGAGGAGGAUGUACAACGUCUAAACCAGGGUCUGGAGACCCUGAGGGGAACUGUGAAUGGACUGGAAGAUAGUCUACGAGCCUCUUUGAGAGAGGAUGCCAACAGGAUGCUGUCAGCUCUGCUCUCUGCUGCCCCUGGUCCUGUUCCCGCUCCAGCUGUAGCCUCUAGUCCAUCCACUGUAGGGUUUGUAGAGAUUCCCGGGGGAGACCCUGAGACAGAGGGUCUAGAUGGCACACAUGUGUUUCCGGGCCUUACAGAACUGAAUGGAAGAGUAGAGGAGCUCAGGACAGUGCUGCAAGUCAAGACAGCAGAGCUGCAGGAACUUAAGGCAACAGUGAUGGGACAUGAUGGAGCACUGAAGACAAUGUCAAAUAGAGCAGGAGUGGUAUUAAACUCCACUGGCAAUCUUGGAGGAAAUGCCCAGAGAGCUAUGGAGACAGUGAUGGAUGCAAAGCUGAGUGCAGCCAGGACAGAAAUUCUUGGUGGGUUUGAGAAGCGUGUGGAGAGUGCAGAGGGCCGAUGUGAAGAAAAAGCUGGGGAUGCGAGUCGUCAGUGCCAGAGAGAGCAAGGUGAGAGGCAGGAGCAGAUGGAAGACACUCUGGAGGAAAGUACCACAGGCUUGAGAACAGAGCUGAGAAACCUCCAGGCACAGAUCCAUGAUUUAAAGGCUACAGAAAGCUGCGGCCGUAGAGUGAAUGGGCUGGAUGAAAGAGUGCAGCUGCUGGAAACAUCAGUGGCAGGCCUCAACCAGUCCCAUGGGCACCUGAGAGUGGAGCUGGGUGGACACAAAGACCACAUAGAGGGAAUGCUGGAGGGGCGUCUGGGGUAUGUAGAGGCCAAGCUCAACCUCACUGGACAGAUUAAAAAUAAUGAGUCUGGAAGGAGGAGUGGUAUCCCAGACACAGCUGAGACAGGACAGGUCCUGGAGGCCAGAAUGGAGGGUAAGUUGAGUGCCCUGGAAGGCCGUUUACUGACGGCUUUGGAGGAGCUGGGUAAUGCCACUGCCCCUGCGCUGCUGGAGGGUCACGCUGUUCCCACUCUGGAGACGGAGCUGGAGUCCCUCCGAGGGAGACUAGAGGUGGAUGUAGACAGAGUGCAGAAGCACCUAAACAGCCUUGAGAUUCUUUGUUCCUCUUCCUGCUCCUCACCUCCAAACCCAUCCGCCAUCCAGGGAGACUCUGCUGCACCAAGUGUUAACCUGGGACAGGAGGACAAUGUGAAGGAGGUACUGGACAUGCAAGGUGACCGUUUGAAUAGUCUCAAUGUCACAAUGCAGAACAUCCUGAGGCAUCUAACCCCCAGGGAUCAGCAUGAACAAGCUGAGGGAGAUUAUCCCAUCCAGGGUGAGCUCACAAUACUCAAAUUCAAUGUCCGUUCAGUCAACCACACCCUUAAAAACCUUCAGGAUUCCCUAGGAACAGUGCUCCACCAGGUGGGGCAAUCCAACAGCUCCUGGCAUGAGAGAGAGGCUCGUCUGGCCCAGCAGAUAAAGGGUGUGGUGCAGCUGGUUGGACAUCAGGCUUCCAUGCUUGGAACAGGUGAGCGUAGACUGACCCGACUUAAGGGUGAGCUGCUGGAGAUGAAGAGGCGGCUCGCUCAGGAGGUCCAGGGCUGCCGGAGCACAGCUAUGGGAGUCCAGAAAGAGGUAACUGAGGUUGGAGGGCGUGUUGCCAGUGUGGAAGACCAAUGCAAGGGCCUGAAUUACUUGGCUGAGGACCUGGAGAGAAUUCGGGAGGAGUUGGAGGGACAAUCAAAUGGGCUUCUCCAGCAAGUCAAUGGGACUCUAACCAGCCAUGCUCAGCAGCUGACUGAGCUGAGAGGCGAACUCAGAAACUGCACCUCCAAGGUGGAGACAACACAGCGGAGUUCAGAGAUGGAGCCAGAGCUGAGACGAGGGGACACCUUCACUUUGAAUUAG